GUCAAAACAAGCUCGAAGAGUUGAUGGCUUCAGAGGAUUUGACGAUUCGCUGAAGAAUUUGCAAGCUUCUUUCUACUCAGAAUUCCCAGAAGAGAAUGGAGUGGUAUGUUUUGGUGUUAAUGUUGAUCUUGCCGUCUCUGUCUCGGGCAGAUUGCUCUGCGCAGUGUCUGAAAUGUGCGGAGCAGACCUCAGAUUUAAACUCUCCAGUGAAUCGUUUGACUUGCACUUUAGAAUGUGAAGGAACUCUUACAUCCACCAUCGAACUAGACCGGUGUGAAAAGGCUUUACAGGCGCUCUUAGAUGACUUAAAAGGUCUCAGCGAAGAUUUUUUAUCUGAGGAGGACCUGCAAGAGCCCGCAUCCAACCUGGUGAAACGGUACGGAGGAUUCAUAAAAAGGAUCGACAGAAAUAAAAACAAAAUAUUAAUUUCUCCGUGGAAAGAGAACGCUAUACAAAAGGGAUUGUUCGCAAAGAAUUACGGCGACGCACUCCUGAAACUGGUGGAGAGAAACGUCCCGGAGCUCUCAGAGGACGAAGACGAAGGAGAAGACGUUACCUCCGAAAAUGAAAUGGGAGUUUAUGACAACGACCUCCCUUUAAAUGAGUUCAAACGCUAUGGAGGAUUUCUUCGGAAAUUCGGGCCAAAGAGAAGUGACUCAAUGGAUGAAAGCAAUCAACAGGAGUUGCAGAAAAGAUACGGAGGUUUUAUGAGAAGAAUUCGCCCCAAGUUAAAGUGGGACAACCAAAAGAGAUACGGCGGCUUUUUACGUCGCCAUUUCAAAAUUUCAGUGCGUUCUGACGAAGAACCUUCAUUACUACAUGAUUAAUUUGGUCUCUAAGUUACUGCGCAAAAGACAGUAGAACUCAAACAGCAAAUGCAUCUCAGUUGCCUCACGACUUUCUAGAACUCCUAUGUGUGUAGGGUACUUUCUGUCCAAAAUCUGCUAACUUUCGGACUCCAUAACACUGUACUAUCUAAUCUUGCAGAAAUCAUGUAUUAAUGCGUUAGAGCAAAUGACUCUAAGGUGACCAACCAUUUUAUUGUUAUCAGUUCAUGUCUCAGAUGUAAGCAAUCAAUAUAUGCUGCAGUCACUGCUUGUUGAAAUUUACAAUAAAGGGCAAGUCCUUUAUUUGCCAAACUUGCAAAGAAA